AUGGCUUCCAUUCUCUCCUUCAACAUUUACAAAAACGCCCUGAUUUUGGCCGCCUUUCUCGGGGCUGCACAGGCACAGCAGGUGGGCACAAAUAAAGCUGAAGUUCAUCCGUCUUUGACUUGGCAAAAGUGCACCGCUGGAGGCAGCUGCACUUCCCAAAACGGCAAGGUUGUUGUCGACGCCAACUGGCGCUGGGUUCACAACACUGCCGGCUACACCAAUUGCUAUACUGGUAAUACAUGGGAUGCAACUAUCUGCCCGGACGAUGUUACUUGUGCCACCAACUGCGCCCUGGAAGGUGCCGACUACUCGGGCACUUAUGGUGUUACCGCCAGCGGCAGCUCUUUGCGGCUGAACUUCGUUACCCAGGCAUCUCAAAAGAACAUCGGCUCACGUCUCUACCUGAUGGCGGAUGAUAGCAAGUACGAAAUGUUCCAGCUGCUCAAUCAAGAGUUCACCUUCGAUGUCGAUGUUUCGAACCUUCCCUGCGGCUUGAACGGUGCGCUCUACUUCGUGCACAUGGACGAAGAUGGUGGCAUGGCACGAUAUCCUGCCAACAAAGCCGGUGCUAAGUACGGUACCGGUUAUUGUGAUGCGCAAUGCCCCCGCGACCUCAAGUUCAUCAACGGCCAGGCCAACGUGGAAGGGUGGGAGCCGUCUUCCAACGAUGUCAACGCUGGUACUGGCAAUUAUGGUUCUUGCUGUGCUGAGAUGGAUAUUUGGGAGGCCAACUCCAUCUCCACUGCAGUCACACCCCAUCCCUGCGAUGACCCCGCCCAGACUAGGUGCAGUGGAGAUGCCUGUGGCGGCACUUACAGCAGUGACCGCUAUAGUGGUACUUGUGACCCUGAUGGAUGUGAUUUCAACCCAUAUCGCAUGGGCAACCAGUCUUUCUAUGGCCCGAGCAAGAUUGUUGAUACCAAGUCCCCUUUCACUGUGGUGACUCAGUUUAUCACCAAUGACGGUACAUCCACCGGCACCCUCUCGGAAAUCAAGCGCUUCUACGUGCAGAAUGGCAGGGUUAUCCCACAGUCUGUAUCUACCAUCAGCGCUGUUACUGGCAACUCUAUCACCGAUUCCUUCUGCUCUGCUCAGAAGACCGCAUUCAAGGACACGGACGUAUUCGCUAAACAUGGCGGUAUGGCGGGUAUGGGGGCUGGUCUUGCGGAUGGCAUGGUUCUGGUGAUGAGUCUUUGGGAUGACCACGCGGCCAACAUGCUGUGGCUCGACAGCACUUACCCAACCACCGCCUCUUCGACUACUCCCGGUGCUGCUCGUGGUAGCUGCGACAUUUCCUCCGGCGAUCCCACCGAUGUUGAAGCUAACCAUGCGGGCGCCUACGUUAUCUAUUCAAACAUCAAGGUCGGUCCUCUCGGUUCGACUUUCAGCUCGACCGGCUCAGGCUCCGGCACCACCACAAAGGCUACAACCACCACCACCUCCUCCACCACCACCACUAAGGCAACCACCACUACUACUACGACUGGAUCAAGCACCACCGGUGCUGCUCACUAUGCGCAGUGUGGUGGAAAUAACUGGACCGGUGCAACCACCUGUGUCAGCCCGUACACCUGCCAAAAGCAGAGUGAUUACUACUCGCAGUGCCUGUAG